UAUCGAUAAUCGCUUAUUCCAUGCUGCUUCCGAGAUUUGACCAGCGCGGGUGCUUUUCCCGUGCCAACUUCAUCGCCGGACCACCUUCCUCGGCUCAAUCCCAUAGGCCUCUGCGCUUCGCGCCUCGUCGAAGACAUGCCAGGCGCAUCGGCCUCGCAACGGCGGAGUGCGCCGCCGGUUCCUUCUCCGGCCCUGCUCUGGAAGAAGACGAUGGAGGUGGGUCGCAGAAAAAGACCCAAGUAGUAAGCUUGAAUUGAUCAUUGUCAUGCCUUGCUGGAGAAAGAGCUGUAAAAUUUGGCGAUGUAUUAUCGGGUAGAAAUUGGGGAUUUCGUUGAUUCGCAUUCUGAAAUGGCCCUUUACCGGUUUGUCUGGGUACUGUUCAGUUGAACUCACUGAUUUCGUGUGCUGGGAUUCUGGCUAAUCGUAAGUAGGCGAGCUUGCCAAAGUUCCGUCGGUGGCUCAUCUCUUCUUCAAGAUGAAGCCUCUUUCUGUAGUUUGGAUUAUGGAUAUCGUCUCCCUCCAAAGGAAAUCCAAGAGAUUGUUGAUGUGCCACCAAAUCCUAGUUAUUACAUCUCCCCUCGCAGAGAUAGGAUCAUGUUCUUAAAACGUAGAGCUAUGACUCCAUUGUCAGAGCUUGCUAAACCUGGUAAAAUCCUUGCUGGUAUACGGAUCGAUCCAAGUUCUAACACAAGGAGUCGAAUGUCCUUUUACACCGAGAUCAAGAUCCAUUUGCUGAUGGAUGAUGGAACUUUGGGUCCAGAGAAGGUGGUUAACGGAUACAAUGACAAUGCAAAGAUUAAUUUCAUAGGAUGGUCACCAGAUGGUCAGCACGUGGCAUUCACUGUGCGCUAUGAAGAUGAGGUGGACAGUGGCAGCAAUUUAGCAUUGUGGAUUGCUGAUGCAGAAUCUGGAAAAGCUCAACCUCUUUUUAAAUCAGCAGACAUCAUGUUAAAUGCUGUUUUCGAGCUAUAUGUAUGGGUGAACAAUUCAUCUCUAUUGGUUUGUACUAUUCCUUCAUCACGUGGAGGUCCACCAACGAAGCCGUUGGUGCCUCUUGGCCCAAGGAUCCGGUCUAAUGAGCAGAGAAACAUCAUUCAGAUGAGAUCCACAAAAGAAAUGCUGAAAGAUUUGCAUGAAGAGGAAUCAUUCGAUUUCUAUGCAACCUCUCAGUUAGUAUUGGUUACAUUAGAUGGGACAGUGAAAAUGAUUGCCCCUCCUGCUAUAUACAUUUCUCUUGAUCCUUCACCAGAUGAGAAAUAUUUGUUGCUUACUUCUGUGCACCGGCCAUAUUCUUCUAUAGUUUCAUAUAAAAGGUUCCCAAAAAAGGUUGAGCUGUGGACGAUUGAAGGUAAAUUUGUCCGUGAAGUUUGUGACUUGCCCCUUGCCGAAGAUAUUCCUGUUGCAGCUAAUAGUGUCCGUAAGGGAAAACGUUUAAUCAGAUGGAGGCCUGAUAUGCCUUCAACAUUAUAUUGGGUGGAGACACAAGAUGGAGGAGACGCAAUUGUUGAAGUAUCACCACGUGAUAUAAUCUACAUGGAACAUGCCGAACCUUUGGAUGGUGAAAAGCCUCUAGUCUUACUUAAACUUGACCUUCGAUACAGAAAGAGCUACUGGUGCUAUGGAUUGUUCGUGCUAGUCUAUGAAUACUGGUACAAGACACGCAUAACAAGAACAUGGGCUAUAUCACCUGACCUCAAAGAUCAUAAACCACGUUUAUUAUUUGAAAGGUCUUCAGAAGACGCCUACUCAAAUCCAGGUUCUCCAGUGAUGUGCAGAACUCCGGCAGGCAUGCUUGUGAUUGCAAGAAUUAAGAGAGACUGUGAAGGAAGCUACAUCUUACUGAAGGGAAGGGGUGCCACACCAAAAGGAAGCUCCCCAUUUCUUGAUCUUUUCAAUGUAAAUACUGGAGAAAAGGAGCGGAUAUGGGAAAGUGACAAAGAAAAGUACUACGAAUCUGUCCUUGCAGUCAUAUCAUACCAUCCUAAAUGUGAAGUGCAGCUUGAUCAACUAAAAUUACUUGUGUCUAAAGAGUCAACAAGAGAAAUCACCCAGUAUUAUGUCAAGAUUUGGCCAAACAAGAAGCAAGUCCAGAUUACAAAUUACCCACAUCCAUAUCCCCAACUGGCACUGUUGCAGAAAGAAGUAAUCAGAUACCAGCGGGAGGAUGGUGUUAAACUUACUGCUACAUUGUACUUACCUCCAGGCUAUAGUCCUUCAGAAGACGGGCCUCUCCCAUGUCUCAUUUGGUCUUAUCCAGGAGAAUUUAAAAGCAAAGAGGCUGCUGGGCAAGUCCGUCGCUCACCAAACAAAUUUGCACGCAUUAGCAACAAUUUUCCUCUUCUUUGGUUGGCUAGAGGGUUUGCUAUUCUUGCCGACCCAACAAUUCCUAUCAUUGGUGAAGGAAAUCAAGAGGGAAAUGACAGGUACAUAGAGCAACUAGCUGCUAGUGCGGAAGCAGCAGUAAAUGAAGUUGUGAGAAGGGGGGUUGCUCAUCCUGAUAAAAUCGCUGUGGGUGGUCAUUCAUAUGGUGCGUUUAUGACUGCUAACCUCUUAGCACAUGCUCCCCAUCUCUUCUGCUGUGGAAUUGCUCGCUCUGGAGCUUACAACAGGACACUGACUCCAUUUGGCUUUCAGAAAGAGACAAGGACACUAUGGGAGGCUACCGAUACCUAUAUUAAGAUGAGUCCAUUCAUGUCAGCUAACAAAAUCAAGAAACCGAUUCUACUGAUUCAUGGAGAAGAUGACAGCAAAGUAACAACAGCAAUGCAGUCAAGACAAUUAUAUGAUGCCUUGAAAGGUCAUGGGGUGCCAUGCCGUUUGGUUAUUCUCCCAUUUGAGCAGCACCAGUUUGCUGCAAGGGAGAGCAUUAUGCAUAUAAUCUGGGAGACUGAUAGGUGGCUGCAGAAGUACUGUGCAAGUAAUCCUGGGAACAUCAAGGAUCUGGAAACGAAUGUUGCUGCAUCACAAUCACCUACUGAUGCUGUGCUGUAUCAUGAAGCUUUGACCUUAAACUUCACUAAGAUAUCUAGUUUGAUCAAGUUGGUGUGGUUGACCUUUGCUCAAAUUGUUUUUAGGAAGUCAAAAAACAGCAUUCAAUGAUACUGAUUGGUUUGUAUGCACAGAACAAAAUCAUCCUUGGGUAUUGUAUUCGUGGUCGCCGAGAUUACCAGAAGAGUAUUGCUCCAUUCAUGCUCUUAGGUUUUCUUAUGUUCUUGGAACAAGAAGCUCAAAGCCACCAGUCAUACUUGUAUAGAUUGUUACACAUCAUUGCUUGUUGAUAUACAUCUCUACAGCUGAUAGCUUGGGAGCUCCAUUCAGGAACUUGUAUGGGUGGUGCUUUUGAAUACAGAGGCUUACCUGUUCUACAUCUCCAGUUUUCAAUGUGGUGCUGAUGUUGAAAUGGAGCUAUAAGGCCAGUAACACGUGUUUACUGGUAAAUACGUUUUACAUUUAGUGGUCAAAGGUUUUAUCAGAAUGGUUUCUUAUAUUAAGCAGAACCAUGUGAAAACUGCAAAAGGUAAAGCAGAGGAAUUGCUUUGGUAAAUAUUUUAUUUUAGCUGAUGA